CCCAUUAGGGUUACAAGCCUUUUAAAUAGAGAAAACAAAUCCUAAUCAGAAUAGGAAAUUAACACCCUAAGUCCUAAACCUAAUAACCAUGAAUUGGGCUUCAAAUAAGAGAAUGUUCAGCCCAAAAAUAUACAAAAAACGUGAAAAUCACUAAAAAUAACCUAAAAUAACACGAAAUAUCAGUUUGCUACAAAUUGCGGCAAAAUUGUGCGAUUUUGACGCAAACUGUGUAAUUCCGUGCAAAUGACCUCAACUAAGUUUCUCUUGAACCUGAAUGAUGUUUACCAUGCCUUGAUAAUCAUCCAAGCUUUGAUUUGCUUGUUAUAUGUUGUUUUCAACUCAAAUCUGCUCAAUAAGACCAUUUAAAGCUUCACGCAUCUUCUUAGCUCUAGCUCGCGUGACUGGACCUCCUUGGGUGUGUAAUGGAUUACAUGACGUAGUAGAUAUGCUGUCGUCUUGAUUCCCAUCAAAUGUUGUUCCCAAUACUGAUAUUAUUUUCCUCAAAAUCUAUUACUCUUGUAUAACCAAUUCCUAAAGUCACAUAAUGAAACUAUAUUUUUUGC